AUGCCAGGCCGCGCGGCUUCAUGGGCCGGUGAGUCGGAGGCUUUGGUUGCCGCACUUAAUCCUCACAUCGCCAGCCCUGACCAGGUGGUCCAUGGGGAGAAUCCCUCUACAGCCAAGACGGAGCCCGAUAACAUCUUGAAGUUUUCGGACAUGUGGGUGGAGCUGCAGAAGCUAAGCCCGAGCAUGACCUUCAAGAAAACGGACCUCGCGGUGGUGGACUCCAAGACGUGGGAGUUGAAGGAUGAGCACAUCAAGCCUUGGGUGGAGAAGACUUCUGCCAAGUUGCGCGUGAUGAUGCGGCACAUCCAGCAGGUCAUGCCGCAGACCCAGCAGCACCCCCCGCCCGCGCAGUUCCUUUACGGCUGGGACCCAGAGCACAACAAGGCGUGGAGGGUGGAUGCCACCAAUGGGCUCAGGGAGUUUGCAAGCAAGGUCACGAUCCCAGACGACGCUGGAGACGAUGAUCCUGUGAUUGCUUGGUGGGGUGAGACAUCCGCCGAGAUCUCCAGCAUCGCGGUGGCUGAGUUCAAGGAGUUUGAGAAGGUGAGCUGCGAGAAGCGCCACUCGAGCCCCUACUUCCAUGGCAAGAGAGAUGGCAAGCUGGUCUCCGUGAAGAACAGGCUCAACGGAGGCAUCCUGUUCAUUGCCAUCUGCCAGCCCGACGGCCAGCUUGGCCAGGUCAAGUCUGACCAAUUCGGCACUUUCGAGAAGACUGUGGACGUCUUGGUCGAGAUCGCCAAGGAGUUUGCGGAUGGCAAGAUUGAGAAGCUGCAGGUCGAGCAGGCCAUCGGCAUCAAGAAGUCCGAGCACGCGAAGGCCGCCCUUCAGCAGGAGAAGGAGGAGCAGAAGGCUCAGGCGGCGCAGCAGGCGACUACUGAGCAGGGGGCGGCGACUCCCAAGGUAGAGAAGAAGCAGACGGCAGCGGAGAAGAAGACGCCCAUUGACGACAAGACCGCGAUUCAGUUUCUGGAGGGGCGUCCGCGAGCUUCCAAGAAGAGGGCUGGCAAUUCCGAUGUGGUUCCUGAGGUGUCGAAGGCUGCCAAGGCGUCGACCGACAACGACUCCGACAGUUUCUUUUAUGAAGACUCUCAGAUUCCUGGUUGGAUGUGA